UGCCGUCCCAAGUAGGUCCCGUUUCCAAAGCAACAGCGACACUAUCACAGACGCCACAAGUUUAUGAGCGUUUUACUUUCAGGGGAAUGUUGGAGACAGCAUGGCUGAUGUGACCUCAGAGCAGUAUUUUAUUGAAAGGUUCUCUGUAACCUGCAGUAAGCCGGUUUCCCAUCUUCAGUUGGCGUGCUGUCCUUCUCAUUGUGCCAUCCCAUGGAAGGACAAGAAUAUUAGGAUUUAUGAAAACAAAAUCAACAACCUGGAGCCUCCCUUGGAACUGACCGGCCACCAUGGUGAUGUGUCUGCUAUGGUGUUUGGGACAGAAAGAGAUCAACCCAUCCUCUGCAGUGCUUCUGAAGAUUAUGUUAUUGUCUGGGACAUCAAUCGCUGUUACAGACAAAUCAAAGAAGGUGGAAUUGCCUCAGGUAGGGUUGUUGGCACGUUGCUCGGGAGGGUGGUUUAUCUGUCGCUGUGUCCAAUGAGUGCGAAAGUGGCGGCGUGCUCUGGCUCCAGGGUGGUUUUACUGAAUGCUGAGAGAGAGGAAGUACUUGGAGUGCUGAAAGCUCAUCUUGGUCCUGUGACAGCAUCUGAGUUUUGUCCAUGGGAUGUUAAUCUUCUCAUCUCAAUUUCAGAGGACAGAACAUUUAAGAUAUGGGAUGUGAAGAAGGGGGGUAUCCUCUUUGAAUCUGCUGUCCUGUCAGCAUAUCCACUGUUAAGUCUGUCCUUCAUGAAGCAAAAUGGUCAGUUCAUCACAGGAUCUGGUGAUGGACAGCUUUGGUGCUACACUCUCCCUGUGGACCACAAAUGUCGCUUGGUGACAAAACUGGACCUUUCAAAACUUGAACAAAAGCAUGAGAGAAACCUCCGGAUGAUCAGCCCUCCUCAAAGUAGAACAGAUGGAACGGCUCGGUGUGAUGAGAGAGGAGCAGUCGAGACAGCAAAGCCUGUACUGAGAAUCUGGCCACAGACACCAAAGAUUAACCAUGCUAGCUUGCAGCAGAGAGGAAGUUAUGUGUGGAUCGGAAGUUCAGAUGGGCUCUGUCUGCUUGACCUGGAUACUUCAGAGCUUCUCAGCUUUCUUCCACUCAAAGGUGACCUGAGCAUUUCCAUAGCAGGCUCAUGGGUGAUCUCUGAAGGACUUGAUGGCAGCAUGCGUUGUCUGGUGUCUUCUCUGUUUGAGACUUCAGUCGUUCUUUUAGUGGUUAAUGGUGUCAGACUGGACGAACUCUGCUUAAGGAUGGCAAAGAGCUUCUCUGUUGAAGAGCAACUUUCAGUCAUGCCCAGUUCUCCACUGAUGACAACGUCCCCUCUGAAGGCUGAGCUGGCAAAAAAGGGCCCAAAACCUCAAAGAAAAGGAGGUGUAAACUAUCAGACGAGUGUGAAAGAUCAGGCUUUAGUGUUUCACACACAAGUGAAGUCAUCAGGAUACAAUACAGCUCCUCAUAGGACAAUGUUUAGACCGAAGACCAACAUAAAGAAGAAAAGCAGCUCCAUCACAAAAACUAGCACAACUAUGAACGACCUAUUAAGUGAGUAUCCAUCCCACUCUGAGGCACCAAGUGUGUCUUUUGCUCAUUUGAUGGUUUCUACAAGUCCAACCACAAUGAACGCUCUGCAGUACUCAGGAGAUGGAAAACAGAUUGUGUGUGGUCUUGGAGAUGGAUCUGUUUUGUUGUAUAACUCUUCACUCACCGGCAACCCAGAUGUCUACACAGGGCACAGUAAGGCUGUGAACACUGUAUGCUGGAGUCACAGUAAGCGGUGGUUUUUGAGUACCUCCGAGGACCCCACCCUUUGCAUAUGGACCACAAGUGCUUCUGAACCUGUCUUGACCAUGAGAGAAGACCAGUUUGCAAAGCCCAUCAGAAGUGCUCAGUUUUAUUAUCUGGACAAGUUUUUACUGCUGGCGUCGGGAUCAAAUCUAAUGCUGUACCUUUACCAUCUGGACAACACAAAAGAUGACAUCAAGAGAUAUAAGCAAAGAAGCAAGUUCAAAUUGACUGGUAAAUUCAGCAUGAAGUCAGGAACAGACAUCACCUCAAUAUCAGCGGUCAAUGACUUCUAUUCCUAUAUUGUCUUGGCUGCUGGCGCUGACCGCACCAUCCAGGUUUUUGAUAUGAACCGUGGGAGUUUAGUCACACAGAUUCCAGAUGCCCACUGUCGAGCUGUCCACCACCUCGCCCAGAAUCAGGGAUCUUCAUUCUGUACACAAGCUGUGCAAGCAUACAAUCUCUUCCUGAGCAGUGCUUUAACGGAUGGUCUGAAACUUUGGGACCUGCGUACUGCAAGGUGUGUUCGCCGCUAUGAGAGCCAUGUUAACCGCUGUCUUCACUGCACUGCAGCCUUUUCACCCUGCGGCCGCUUCAUCGCUACUGGCUCAGAGGACCAUUCUGCCUAUAUAUAUGACACACGCAGCAGCAUUUUUCUCCAUAAACUCCAGAGACACUCUGAAACUGUCCUGAAUGUGGCUUUCAACCCUGCCAAGCCAGAGCUGUUGACUGGAACACUCGAUGGAAAACUGGCUUUGUUUCAUCCGUCCGAAUGUCUUCUCCCCUAAGUGUGGGAUCUGCUCCGACGGCUCAGUUCUCGACGCUGCAGACUAAUGAAAGUCUUACAUCAGUCACAUUGAGAUCGCUCUGCUGGCUUGUCACCUCUGAGACCUACAUCAUGGACGGGAUCUGUGAUUUCACCAUUUCAGCCGCCACUGACAACCUACAGAUGUGACAACACGCUCACACCCUCAGCUGUCAAGCCAAAGACGCACCCAGAGAGAAGUCCACUUAAACUCCUUUCCCAUGCACCAACGCACAUACACAAAAUGCAAGAUUAUUCCGUCUGUGGUUUAUUUUCAACUUUUAAAUUAUGAUUAUGCACUUACCGGCCACUUUAUUAGGUAGUCCUGGGAUGCAAAUAUCUAAUCAGCCAAUCACAUGGCAGCAACUUAAAGGGAUAGUUCACCCAAAGCUUAAAAAAUCUAUAAUCCUGCGCUCCACCUUUAAUUGUCACAAUCUUGUACCUUCACUAGAACAUAAAAGAAGUUACUUUGGAAAAUAUUGGAAACCUGUAACCAUUGAUUUCCAUAGUAUUUGUAUUCCUGCUAUAGAUGUCAAUGGUUACAGGUUUUC